AUGCCUACAAUGCGAUGUAGUCAGGCAAAAAGUGAUCUAGAUGAGGUCCGGCACCCUGCUGCGAAUCUACCAGGUCUCACUCCUGCAAUUGCUGAACAUAUGCGGCUUGGGAUCGCUGAAUAUGCUAUCAGUUGUUCACACAUUUGUUUUGACAAGCAACAUGAUUGUGUAAUUGCUAACAUUGUGGUUAAAAAGGAUAAAAUGUUAGAAGGACUAUUAGGAACCUUAUUGAAAUCCUUAAGUUUAAAUGAGCAAUUACAUAUUAAUUAUAAUCUGCAGGCAUCUCUUUUAGAUUCCUUAGAGAUACAGUUAGAAGACAGUAGGAAAUAUAGUAUGUUAUCUGCACAUACAUGUGGUCUUCUGAAUGAUAAACUUUCUAUAUUAGAAAAUAAUAAUACUUUGUUUAAAGAAGUUGUUGAAUUUUUGCAAAAUUUGCGACAAACCUCUGCAAAUGUUAAAUUCUCUGAUAGUACAUAUGGCAGUGGUAUUUUUAUGUAUUGUACUAAACAAAAUGGUUUUAUUCAAAUUGGUACUUUAAAUACUGACCUUCCCCAUAGUCUGAAACAAAAUGAGAAUGUGUUUUUAGACAAUUCAGAUGCAUGUGUUACACCAUCUGCUCCUCCCUUGUAUAAAAAAACUUAUUCAGACUUUCAAAGUUCUGAGACUAUUCCAGUAUUUCCUCUCUCACGCCCUCCUGUUUUAUCAGAAAAUGAGGUAAUCUCAGCUGAAAAGUUACAAUCUCUACUGGCCCAUUAUGAUAAAAUAUCUAAAGAUUUUGAUGAUAUGGAGAUUGCUUUGCAUAAGACAAAAGGGUCUCUAGGUCAGGAAAUUAAUGCUAAAUCAGACUUAGAUAGUAAAUUAAAUUAUUUAUCUCUAGGACUAUAUUUUGUUAAAUCUGUAAAUGAAAACUAUAAAACUGAGUUUUCUAACCUAAGAAAUGUUUCUAAUGCUGAAAUAGGAAAUACUGACAGAUUUUUUGUUGCACUUUUUGUUGCUAGUGUGAAAAAGUUUGAUUAUUUACAAGAAUGGUAUAUUAAUGCUUCUCAUCUUAUUAUUCCAGGAUUUGGUGGCAUACCCCAUACAGGAGUGAACAUCUGUCUCCUAUGCAGUAUUGAUUUACUUUCUUCUCCUGCAGGAAUUCUACAUGAUGAUAAACAAGUUCCUUUGGUUAUGUCAGAUAAUAUUUUAUCUUGUGAUACAAGUAGCACAAUAGGUUAUUGCAAUAAUCAGGGUUGUGGACUAAAAACUACUGAACUAAGUGGCAUGUUUGUCACUGGAGACAUUGUAAUUGGUGGUGUAUUUCCAAUCCAUGUGGACAAAAUACAGUUUAAAUCAAACUUCACAGAGAAACCCUCUCCAGCCAUCUGUGAAAAAUUUAGAUUUGAGAACUAUCAACGUGUCCAGGCCCUAAGAUUUGCAGUAGAGGAGAUCAAUUAUAGUCAAAAUCUUCUACCCAACAUCACUCUGGGCUUUCAUAUUUAUGAUUCCUGUACUGUACUACAGAGGGUGCUGGCAGGAACCCUGCAGCUUCUGACUGGAUAUGUGCAACCUGUACCUAAUUACUGGUGUCACCAACAUGUACCUAUGGCUGCUUUUAUUGGUCACUCCAUCUCUACAUACAGCAUGCUGAUUGCUCAUAUCCUAGGACUGUACCGAUACCCACAGAUCAGUCAUUUUUCCACCAGCUCUCUUCUCAGCGACAGAACACAGUUUCCUUCCUUCUUCAGAACUGUCCCCAGUGAUGCCUUUCAAUCCCAAGGCCUAGCACAACUACUGUUGCAUUUUGGGUGGACAUGGGUAGGAUUAGUGGCCAUUGACAAUGAUUAUGGACAUCAGGGCAUUCAAGUCAUUAAGAAAGAGAUACUCAAGGCUGGAGCCUGUGUUGCCUUCACAGAGUACAUAAUGAUAAAUCAGACUAAUCGCAAUGCUCCUCAUAUAGUAAGCGUCAUAAAUGAGUCAACAGCAAAGGCUGUGCUUUUCUUUUCAACUGACAUUGACUUGGUCCACAUUCUAGAUGAGAUGCUGAGACAGAAUGUAACAGGAAAGGUAUGGGUUGCCAGCGAAGCUUGGGCUACCUCUCCAUUCCUAUCAGUGGACAGAUUUUCAAAAUUUCUAUCUGGCACUAUUGGCUUUGCCCUUCAUAGUGGCUCAAUGCCAGGAUUUGGAAAAUUUUUGAAUAUGAUCCAUCCUUCUAUAACUCCUGGUGAGGAUUGGUUGAAACUAUUCUGGGAAGAAGCAUUCAGUUGCAAGUUCCCUGAACAAGAAAAUUUCACUGACCCUUUUGAUUCAUCUUCAAUAAAACAAUGCACAGGAGAUGAAAAUCUAGAAAGCACUCAGAACAGUUAUAAUGAUGUAUCUGGUUUACGGGUAUCCUACAAUGUCUACAUGGCUAUUUAUCUCGUUGCCACAGCUUUGCAUAACAUGAUUACAUGCCGUAAUGGGAAGGGGCCUUUUCUUAAUGGCACUUGCACAGAUAUUUGGAAUUUUAAGCCUUGGCAGCUCCUGUACUACAUGAAAAAGGUGCAUGUGAAAAUGGGUGCUGCAAGUGAUCUCUACUUCAAUGAAAACGGAGAUCCUCCAGCAGUAUAUGAUAUUGUAAACUGGCAACUAAGCCAAGAUGGCAAAAUCAAACAGAUUAAAGUUGGCAGCUAUACUUCAGAUGCUAAUGGCAGCACUUUUACCAUCAAUGCCAGCAUUGUGCAAUGGAGUACAGGUGGAGAACAGGUUCCGCUCUCGGUUUGCAGUGAGAGCUGUGUCCCAGGAUUCAGGAAGGCUGCUAUAAGGGGACAUCCAGUCUGCUGCUUCCAGUGUGUACCCUGUCCCCAUGGAGAGAUCUCCAACCAGACAGACUCUGUAGAUUGCUUCAAAUGUCCAUGGGAUAUGUGGCCCAACAUUAAACUAGAUUGUUGCCUCCCAAAGUUCAGAGAAUACCUUUCUUAUGAUGAUCCUUUAGGUGUUACUUUGGCUGCUACAAGUUUCACAUCCUCUUUAGUCCCAGUUGCAGUUUUUGGACUUUUCCUCUAUUACAAAACAACUCCUAUUGUAAGAGCCAAUAACUACAUUCUAAGUUGUAUUAUCCUAUUAUCCUUGUCGCUUUGUUUCCUGUGUUCUUUGGCUUUUAUUGGUUACCCUCAGCGUGAGAAAUGCCUUCUGCGCCAAGUGGCCUUUGGUAUUGUGUUUUCCCUGUGUGUCUCUUGCAUUUUGGCAAAAACUAUCAUGGUUGUAAUUGCCUUCAAGGCCACCAAACCUGGAAGCAGCCUAAGAAAAUGGUCUAGCCCUCGUGUUUCAUACCUCAUUGUUUUGCUGUGUAUUCUUUUUCAAACAUUUAUAUGUGUUAUGUGGAUAUCGUUCUCUCCUCCAUUCCCAGAGCAAAACACAAGGACAAAGUCAGAAGUAAUCGUUGUUGAGUGUAAUGAAGGUUCUCCCUUUGCCUUCUGGUGUAUGCUGGGAUAUCUCAGCCUCCUGGCCACAGUCAGCUUCAUUGUUGCCUUCCUGGCCAGGAGACUCCCUGAUAGCUUCAAUGAGGCCAGGUUUAUCACCUUCAGCAUGCUUGCAUUUCUCACUGUGUGGGUGUCCUACAUCCCAGCCUCUCUCAGUGCUCGUGGUAAAUAUACUGCAGCCAUGGAGAUCUUCGCUAUUGUAUCGUCCAGCUGGGCUCUGGUAAUCUUCAUGUUUGUGCCAAAAUGCUUUAUUAUAUUGUGUAGACCAGACAUGAAUGCUAAAGAAAAUCUCAUAAGAAAAUACAGACUUUAG